AUGGCACAACAAAAAAAAGUAGAUUAUCAUGUUUCAGAUUUAUUCUUUUAUUGGUUGAAUCAAAGACAAUCAUCGUUCGUGAGAAGUUGCAGUCAAAUGAAUCAUCGACAGGAAGUAGCUUCAGCUAUUGGUAACUCCAUCACCGUUGGCAUGAAUAAUUCAACAGCCAAUGGAAUGAGAGUUACUUUGUGCCAAAUGGUUCAAUCAACUUUAAUCUUUUCUACUUUGCUUCAAGACAUCAACCAACUCAUCAUUAAUGUUUACAACAAAUCAAUAAAAGUUUAUGAAAUAUAA